AUGGCGCUGUUCUCGACUGACGCGGAGAAGGCCUUCGACCAGGUCGAUUGGUCUUUUCUGCGUCAGGUUAUGAGGACCAUGAAUUUUGGAGAACCCUUUUUGAACAUGGUCUUCGCACUAUACUCAUCCCCAAAUGCACGAAUUAGGAUAAAUGGAACACUAUCAAAUACAUUUACAAUAUCAAAUGGAACCCGCCAGGGAUGUCCUCUGUCCCCUUUACUUUUUGCCCUUUCCAUAGAAGCCCUGGCGCAAAAGGUCAGGCUUAAUUCAAAUAUUACGGGUAUUAGAAUAGGUGAUAUGGAGUAUAAACAGGCGUUAUACGCCGAUGAUGUUCUUUACACCCUCACUAAUGUAGAAACGUCCAUCCCAGAGCUACUGAGAGAGAUUCAAGAAUAUGGUGAGAUGUCUAAUUUUCAUCUGAACCUCUCAAAGUCGGAGCUCCUUAACAUUAAUACCCCUGUAGAACAAAUCCGACUCUUAGCUACGGAUUAUAAUGUUCCCUUGGCUGCAUCCAAACUGAAAUAUCUAGGCAUUUAUCUGUCAGCAAACCCCUCAGAUUUAUAUAAACAUAAUUACCUCGCAUUACGUAGGGAAAUAAUUAAUGAUCUUUCCUCCUGGAGAAAUAAAUCCUUAUCCUGGCUGGGAAAAAUAAGUCUAAUUAAGAUGAACAUUUUGCCACGUAUACUAUUUGGAGAAGAGGAGAACCAGACUUCAGUGAUAACCUUCAUUUUGCUUGGCUUUCAAGAACUUCAUAUUAUUAAUCAUUUUUUGUUUGUCCUAGCACUUACUGUGUAUAUUCUCACUCUUCUAGGAAAUCUGCUGAUCGUCAUAUUGGUAUCAACAAGUAGCUUAGAGGCUCCUAUGUACAUUUUCCUUGGUCAGCUUUCUCUUGCUGAUAUAUUGCUCACCACAAAUAUUGUACCCAAUAUGUUACAUACUAUAAACAGAAAGCAUUCCACAAUUUCUGUAACUGGAUGUUUUAUUCAAAUUUAUGUCUAUGGUUUCUCAGCUGCAACAGAAUGCUACCUUCUAACUGCAAUGUCUUAUGAUCGGUACCUAGCUAUUUGUCAACCACUCCAAUAUACAUCGUUAAUGGACCUUGCAUUAUGCAAAAUGUUAGUGCUGUUGUCAUGGAUUGUGGGCUCUUUAUCCCAACUGAUACCAGUAAUAUUGAUAUCUAAUUUAAAUUUUUGUGGUCCAAAUGUCAUAGAUCAUUUCUUCUGUGACCUUGCUCCACUACUAAAUCUGUCUUGUUCAGAUACAUCUGUUUUGGAACUGGAGGUCUUCAUGUCCUGUCUACCUAUACUCCUUUUUCCAUUUAUCUUCAUAAUUGUUAGUUAUGCAUAUAUCUCCCUUGCAAUUCACAGAAUUUCCUCCACCAUUGGAAGACAAAAAGCUUUAUCUACCUGUAGUUCUCACCUUACUGUUGUAUGCACCUAUUAUGGGACAUUGAUGACUAAAUAUAUGGCUCCUUCCAAAGGACAUUCAUUAAUUAUAAAUAAAGUCCUCUCUCUUUUGUAUAUUGUGGGUACACCUCUGUGUAACCCACUCAUAUACAGUUUGAGGAAUAAAGAAAUAAGAUUAGCUCUGUUGAAGCAUAUAAAUUUAAUAAAAUAA